AUGGGUGGUAAGGGCAAAGGAAAGCAUCGUUUGGAUAAGUGGUACAAACUCGCCAAAGAGCGUGGAUUCCGUUCUCGUGCUUCUUACAAGCUCCUCCAGCUCGACGAGAAGUUCCCAAGCCUCCACAAAUCGAGAGCCGUUCUCGAUCUAUGUGCCGCCCCCGGUGGAUGGAUGCAGGUCGCCGUCGAGAAAGCUCCCGUCGGCAGCCUCGUUCUCGGAAUCGAUCUCGUUCCGAUUGCUCCAAUUCGCGGCUGUGUCAGUCUCCAGCAGGAUAUCACCCGGCCCGAGUGCAGGUCCAAAAUCAAGCAGGUGAUGGAGAAGCACGGCGUUGGUGCUUUCAAUCUGGUUCUCCACGAUGGCUCCCCAAACAUCGGUGGUGCGUGGGCUCAAGAGGCUACGAUCCAGAACGCAUUGGUUAUCGAUUCCGUGAAAUUGGCCACAGAGUUCUUAGCUCGCAAUGGGAAUUUAAUCACUAAGGUUUUCAGGUCGCAAGAUUACAACUCUGUGCUCUACUGCCUUGGGAAGCUGUUUGAGAAGGUUGAAGUGUAUAAGCCGGACGCUAGUCGUUCAACAUCCGCAGAAACAUAUCUUGUUGGUUUGAAAUACAAAGCUCCUGGAAAUAUUGAUCCGCGUCUUCUUGAUUACAGACAUCUCUUCAAGGACGCACCAGGAAGCAAGAAAAAGGUGCUGGAUGUGAUUAACGACCUAAAAUCGAAGAAGAGACACCGUGAUGGGUAUGAAGAUGGAGUCUCUGUUUUGAGAACAGUUUCAUCUGCUGCUGACUUCAUUUGGUCUGAAACUCCUCUGGACAUUCUUGGUACGGUUAAUUCUAUAUCCUUUGCGGAUGAAGCCUCUCUACCUUUAAAGGAACAUGAUUUGACUACAGAGGAGAUUAAAAUUCUAUGCGGUGAUCUUCAUGUUUUGGGGAAGAAUGACUUCAAACAUCUCCUAAAGUGGCGGAUGCAACUCAGAAAAGCUCUGACUCCUGAGAAAAAGGAAGAAGUUAAAAAGGAGCCUGAAGUGGUAAAGGAAGAUGAGGAAAAUGAGGAUAACGAGGAUGAUAAACUACUCAAUGAAUUGGAAGAGCUGACAAACGCAGUAGAUCGCAAGAAGAAACAGGCAAAGAAGCUUAUUGCUAAAAGACGUGCUAAGGAUAAGGUGCGGAAGGCGACUGAUCCACAGAUAGAUGCACUUGAAGAUGGCUAUGUCGACAAUGAAUUGUUUUCUCUUUCUGCCAUUAAGGGAAAGAAAGAUCUAAUGGCAGUUGACAAUGACGAAGAUGAUAAUGGCAACGCCAUCGACAGUGAUAACGAACAUCAUGGUGAGGAAGCUUCAGAUGACUCCAAUGACAGUGACAUCGAUUCUGAUGAAGAGCGUCAGAGAUACUCAGAAAAAAUGGAAGAGAUUUUCGAUGCGGCUUAUGACCGGUUUUUGGUGAAGAGAGAUGGAAGUGCAAAGCAAAGGAAGCGGGCUAGGCAGGCACACGCUGAAAAGGCUGAAAAGCUGGAGGGAGGUGAUGGAGAUCAAGAAAUGAAACUCGAUUACGAUUCAGAUAUGAAUGAAGAGAAGGAUGAGGCGAAUCCUCUUAUGAUACCAUUUGAUGAUGGAGAGACGCAAACAAAGGAGGAAAUAUCCAACCAGUGGUUCAGUCAAGAUUUAUUUGCAGUAGCCGUGGAAGAAGGAGACUUGGGGAAAGUCGACAGUGACGACGAGAUGCCAACCAAGAAAGAGAGCAAAACUCUGCCCAAACCGGACAAGUCAAAGCAGAAGAAGGCUACGAAAGCAACCGUGUCGUCUGAACAGAGCUUGCCCAAUACUAACUCUAAGAAAGAAGACGAUUUCGAGAUUGUCCCUGCACCAGCGACCGAUUCAGACUCAGACUCAUCCUCUGAUGAUGAUGACAUUCAUACAAAGGCCGAGAUAUUGGCCUGUGGCAAGAAAAUGCUGAGGAAGAAGCAGAGAGAAGAGAUGCUUGACGAUGCAUAUAACAAGUACAUGUUUCAGGACGAAGGUUUACCCAAAUGGUUUAUAGACGACGAGAAGCAGCACAGACAACCGAUGAAACCAAUCACGAAAGAAGAAGUCAACGCAAUGAAGGCUCAGUUCAAAGAGAUCAACGCUCGUCCAGCGAAGAAGGUGGCAGAGGCCAAGGCGAGGAAGAAGCGAGCAGCUCAGAAGAGAUUGGAGAAAGUGAUAAAGAAGGCAAACACAAUAUCUGACACUGCGGACAUAGCGGACCGUUCAAAGGACAAGAUGAUAGACAAGCUGUACAAGAAAGCAGCAGAGCCAAGGAAGCCUAGGAAAGAGUUGGUUGUGUCUAAGAAGGGAGUUGGUGUUAAGGUUGGGAAAGGUCAGAAGAGAGUUGAUAGGAGGAUGAAGAGUGAUGCUAGGCAGCGCGGCGGAGGUAAACCCGGUAGGAACGGGAAGAAGAGCGCCGGUGGUGGUAAAGCAGGCCAGAAAGGCAAGAAACCAAGAGGGAAGAGACCCAUGGGCGGUGGUUAA